ACAUAAAUUAUUCAUAAAAUAUAGAUAAUCCUUUCUGAUGUGUUGUUAUCAUAAGCAUUAAUAUUUAUUAAUAAUACUUCAUGUUAUACACACGUUUCUACAGGUUACCUGUCAAAACCAAUAUAAUUGUUAGAAAAGAAUAAUAAUCAAUACCUGUGUUUACAUGAUGGGAUCUAUAUUUAAUUCUAUAUUUUUCAAGAGAUAUCUGAAAAACAGCGUCAUCUCAGACGCUUGCAAAUUCGAAAAAAAAGAUGCCACGGCGUUCAUUUCGGUUUCAUCGAGGACGAAAUCGAAACGUUCAUAUUUGAUCACUUGAGUCAGUAAGUCGACUGACUCUACGUAUUAUUCACUGUCCGGAUCGACUGACACGAAUAGUGGUCGAUCGCAGUCUGCCUCUCGGUGGACUUUAAAGAGAAUGUAAUUGCCAAUCCGAUCAUAUAUCAGGCGCAAUAGCGCUCGUCGUCCGUACUCAGAUCGCGGGUGUCUACGAUCUAACUCGUCGUGAUUUAGGCGCGUUUAUCACUCGAUACAUCAAAUCAAAAUACAAUAGCCGAGCCCGUGGAAUUUCGGACGUUAUAUCACUAUCAACAAUGUACAGCAAGUACUCCUCCGGUAACGAAAUUAUGAACUUGUAAGAAAAAAAGGUCUAAGUAGUCUAAACCUAUACAUAAUAAGUACCGAGUUAAGAUAAUAUUUGUUCAAUUAGUCGUUACGCCCGGUACUUAGAUCGUCGUCUCGCUCGUAUCCCUCAUUUCACAUUUGAGUAGAAAACAUGGCUCGCUGCGCGUGUGAAUUGUAAAUUACGAUUUAUGAUUGUCGAAAACACGCGUAGUCCGCGCUAUAUACAAACGCGUUUGGAAUCAGUUCGUUGCUAUAAGAACGCACAAUAAAUAUUACGCGAACGUCGCGAUGCGAAUUAAUUUUUCAAAAUCGCACGAUAUCGUAUUAUAAUAUUUUAUAGCACGCUCUCCUUGUUCCUUCAACGAGUUUGUUCUAUUUCCUCAACGGCGAUCGGAACACCGGCACAACAAUCGGAGCCACUGUCCCGGCAUAGUGCCGAGACAAGUGCACCGUAACGUGUGCGCCGACGCGUCGCGGUACAGACCGGAAGUGCGAUGACUUACCAGACGUUUUUGAUAACAGCCCGCGGCCAGGUAAUGGUGGCACUCAUGGUCGGCGUCUACCUGGUCACGGCUACCCGGAGCCACUCCAAUCAGAUGGUGAUUAGCGCCACCGGAAAUCGCGACACGUAUUCCGCGAUGAACGUCGUCUACCAAGUGGCGUAUUUGUUCGUCCAGCUGCCGACCGGGCUGUUCGCGGACCGCUUGAACCCGGUAACCUCGCUGGCCGUCAUCUUGGCCGGGCUGGCCGCCACGUCGGCCGUCUCGCCGUUCGCGCUGAUCGGCCUCUCGUCGUGGUCGUGGACACCGUGGUCGUCGGCCAUCCCCGUGCUGGUGACCGGCGCCGUGUACGCCGUCAACGGCGCGCUGGCCGGUUCGUGGUGGCCGUUCAUGAACGUCAUGCUGUCCAACUGGGCGCCGCCCGACGAACUGGCGUACAUGUACUCCGCCAUCAGUACGGGCGUACCCGGCGGCAUAGUGGCCGGAAACUUGUUCACCGGCUUCUUUUACUCCUUGCACGGUUGCGAUUUCGGUUACAGCUUUUUCAUCAUGUCCGGAUUCUGCGUGGCGUGGAGCAUCGCCUGGUUCUUGACGUGCCACCAUCAUCCGGCCGACGACCCGGGCGUCCGGCCAUCCGAGCUCGAACGCUUGACCACCAGCCUCCAACCCAAGGCCCGGCUGCCGGUGCCGUGGACGAAAAUCGCCACUUCGCUUCCCGUGUUGUCGGUAAUGGUGGCCAAUUUCGGUUCGACCGUGUUCUACACAGUUCUCAUCGUGUACAUGCCCGUGUACCUCAAGUACACGAUGCAAGUGGACAUCGUGGAAAACGGUCUCAUGUCCACGUUGCCGUCGCUCGGCCAGAUAGCCGUCAUGUACACGGCCGGCAGGUGCGCGUCGUUGAUCCAGGCCAAAGACUGGAUGAACGUCUCGACCAUCAGAAAGGUUUUCAGUUGUAUCGGCAUGGCGGCGCCAGCAGUCCUUGUUUCGGUCGCGACGGUCAUACCGAAUACCUUUAUCUUCUACAGUCUUCUAGUAAUAUCGUACAGUGUCUCCGGUUCGGUGUUCUCCGGUUUCCGGAUCAAUCAGAUGGAAAUAGCUCCGAAUUUCGUGGCCGUGAUCACGGCCAUUUGUGAUGUUUUCGGCAGUCUCGCCAUGAACGUAACUCACAUAGCUUUCAUGGUGACCUUCGGACAAUCUACCGAUCAGGUGGCAUGGAACGAAGUCUGUUGGUGCCUGAGCGCAAUACUCAUUAUAUGUCUUGUCCCGUUCGUCUUGUUCGGAAAUAGUAAAAUACAACCGUGGAAUACAUCCAAAACAUCAGCAAUAAACGAACCGAUUGCAAUUUAAUGUCAUGUGUAGUGAUAGUAACAAUGUAUCGAUAUAUAUAUAUCCUCAAUUAUUAUAUUGAUAAUACUUUUCCAUCACGUUAUAUUUUUAAUUAAUGCAAUUCGAUGUUAAACAAAAAGAAAUAUUAUUAAUUAUACUUUUUAAUAACCACUAACAGAAAAUCAGGCCGUUUCAUUUGCACCACACUCAACGUCUCCACGCCGAUAUUGGUGCAGGUAUACGUGAGUACGUGACCGCUUCCCAACAAUUGUAACAUAAAAUAAUAUAGUAUUAGACUUGGCUAUUGGCAACAUCUAUUAUUUAGUUAUUUUAUUUUUUGACACUUUUUCCUGUUGGCUGUUCUAAUGUUCUAUAAUAG